AUGCGACCUGGCACACCUGAGAGCAGGAGUAAUCCGUUCGGCGAUGACAUCUCUCCAGCACCCGGCAGAGGCAACCCCUUCUCUUCGCCCUUCAAUUCGAGACCUGCCUCAUCAUUCGGUUCCUCAUCCGCGGUGCGAGGCCUCCCACAAAGAUACUUCCAUUCGAGAAGAGUACGCAAAGGAGAAGUGGAACAACCGUGGAGGGAGAAGGUUGAUCCGAAGGAGAAAUGGGUCACAAUUAUUCCAUUGAUUGGGUUAGCAUUGGGAUUCGGAAUUGCUGGUUUCUUGGUUUACGAUGGCCUCAAGUCGGUGGUGCACCACAAAUAUUGCCCAGUCUUCAGCGAUGAUUUCUCCUCUGGACUAAAUCCUUCAAUCUGGACGAAGGAAGCUGAAGUUGGCGGAUUUGGAAAUGGAGAAUUUGAGCAAACGACGCUCACCGACGAGAACGUGUUUGUACAAAACGGCAAGCUCAUCAUCAAGCCCACGCUGCAAGAUGCCACUCUCAUCGAUAGCAACAAUGUUAUCAAUCUUACAUCUGACGGAACCUGUACUUCAGACGUCCUCACAAACUGCGUUUCCAUCACGAACCUUUCUUCCAACGCGAUCAUACAACCGGUGAAGUCGGGACGUAUCAACACCAAGGCUGGAGGGACAAUCAAAUAUGGACGUGUCCAAGUUACUGCCAAGUUGCCUGUAGGAGAUUGGCUGUGGCCAGCGAUCUGGAUGUUGCCCGUCAACAACACCUACGGCCCGUGGCCCUUGUCUGGAGAAAUCGACAUAGUUGAAUCUCGUGGAAACAACCACACCUAUGCACAGGGAGGAAACAACAUUGUCUCUUCUGCUCUUCACUGGGGUCCCAACCCAGCCAACGAUGCUUGGUGGCGCACAAAUAACAAGAGACAAGCUCUGCACACCACCUACGCUCAAAGCGAACACACCUUCGGCCUCGAGUGGUCUCAAAAAUACAUCUUCACUUGGAUCGACAGCAUUCUCCUCCAAGUCUUGUACGCCAACUUCAACGAGGGUCUCUGGAAACGCGGAGGCUUCCCGUCAUUCGACAGCAACGGCACCCAUCUCACCGACGUGUGGUCGCAAUCCGGCCACAACUCCGCACCCUUCGACCAAGAGUUCUACCUCAUCCUGAACGUGGCUGUUGGCGGCACCAACGGAUGGUUCGAAGACGGCAAGAGCGGCAAGCCUUGGGUUGACACCUCGCUCACUGCCAAGAAGGAUUUCUGGGAGGCUCGUGACAAGUGGUACCCGACAUGGACCGCACCCGGUGCCGGCCAGAUGGAGGUCAGCAAGGUCCAGAUGUGGAAGCAAUGUGAUGGGAACGAGGACAACUAA